GCAGUACCUAAUAAGAGGCUAAACAAAAUUUGUACUCCCUUUGCUCGCGUUCUUUUAAAUGGCGGUCUUUUGAGACGGUUCUCAAGUUCGCGGAUUAAAUUGUUCUGUUUCGUCCAGUUGCGCUAUCGGUGGUGGCAAAUAAAAAGUAGUUUUUCGCGUGUUGGAUUGUGCUGUGUGUGUGUUCCGUAUUUUCCCGGUGGAAAAGUGUCGCCCGUAAAAGUUGGACGGUGGUAAAAAAAAAAAAGUAAUUGCGCUUGGGCAUUUUUAUCGUUGCGGUGCAGAAAAGCUAGAGUGUUUCAUUUCCUGCAGUUAGCGUCCGAGUGAUAUUUUUCACCGUUUAAUCAACAACCGGAGGCGUUUGCUAGCGAUCGGCAUGGCCGACAUCAGGACAGCAUUCGCUGCUCAGCAGAAUGGUGCUGGGGCCACCUCCAGCCCGAAGAUCGGCGGCAAAUCGAUCGAAAAAAUCUACCAGAAAAAGUCCCAACUGGAGCAUAUCCUGUUGCGUCCCGAUACCUACAUCGGUUCGAUCGAACAUCUCAAGGAGACUAUGUGGAUCUACGACGCCGAGGCCGGCAAGAUGAUCCAACGGGAGAUCAACUUCGUGCCGGGUUUGUACAAGAUUUUCGAUGAAAUCUUGGUCAAUGCGGCCGACAACAAGCAACGUGAUGCGAAGAUGACUACAAUCAAGAUUGACAUCAACCAGGAAACGAACACGAUUUCGAUCUGGAACAACGGCCAAGGCAUUCCGGUGGUUAUGCACAAGGAGGAGAAAAUGUUCGUCCCAACGAUGAUCUUCGGACACCUGUUGACUUCGUCCAACUACAACGACGAAGAGGAGAAGGUCACCGGCGGUAGGAACGGUUACGGUGCCAAGCUGUGUAACAUUUUCAGUACCAAGUUCACGGUCGAAACGGCCAACAAGCAGUACAAGAAGUGCUUCAAGCAAAUCUGGGCUGACAACAUGGCGAAGUCGUCGGAGCCCAAGAUCAAGGAGGAUUACUCCGGGGAUGACUUUACCAAGAUCACUUUCUCUCCGGACUUGAAGAAAUUCAAGAUGGAAAAACUGGACGAUGACAUCGUUGGGUUGAUGUCGCGACGUGCAUUCGACGUGGCUGCUUCGACAAGAGGCGUCUCGGUCUUUUUGAACGGCAAGAAGCUGCCGAUCAAGAACUUCAAGGACUACAUCGAUCUGUACAUCAAGGAUCAACAGGAUGACAUCGGAUCACCGGUCAAGGUCACUUACGAGAACGCCAACGAACGGUGGGAAGUGGCUGUAACGCUUUCCGAUCGUGGAUUCCAGCAGGUUUCGUUCGUAAAUUCCAUCGCUACGACGAAGGGCGGUCGUCACGUUGACUACGUAACGGAUAUGAUUGUAAAACAGCUGAUUGAAGUGCUGAAGAAGAAGAACAAGGGCGGUAUUAAUAUUAAACCAUUCCAAGUCAAGAAUCACAUGUGGGUUUUCCUCAACUGUUUGAUUGUGAAUCCGACUUUCGAUUCACAAACUAAGGAGAACAUGACACUACAGUCGAAGAGCUUCGGUUCGAAAUGUACCCUGUCGGAAAAGUUCAUCGGAGGAGUCGCCAAGAGUGGUAUCGUCGAAUCGGUGCUGCAGUGGGCCAAGUUCAAGGCUCAAACCGAACUGAACAAGGCGUCCGGUUCGAAGAAGUCAAAGGUUAAGAACGUCCCUAAGCUGGAAGAUGCCAACGAUGCCGGUACGAAGAAUUCGUUGAACUGUACACUGAUUCUCACGGAGGGAGACUCAGCCAAGACGUUGGCCGUGUCCGGCUUGGGUGUUGUCGGUCGUGAUACCUACGGCGUAUUUCCGCUGCGUGGUAAACUGCUGAACGUACGAGAGGCUACCCACAAGCAAAUUCUAGAAAAUGCCGAAAUCAACAAUCUAAUAAAGAUUAUCGGUUUGCAGUACAAGGCAAAGUACCUUAACACGGAGGAUUUGAAGAAGCUUCGCUACGGCAAAGUCAUGAUCAUGACUGAUCAAGAUCAGGAUGGUUCUCACAUCAAAGGGUUGCUGAUCAACUUUAUCCAUACCAACUGGCCGGAACUGCUGCGAUUGCCUUUCUUGGAAGAAUUUAUCACGCCCAUCGUGAAGGCAACGAAGAAGAAUGGGGCCGAGCAUUCCUUCUUUUCGUUGCCGGAAUUUGAAGAAUGGAAAACCGAUACACCGAAUGCCCACACCUAUAACAUUAAGUACUAUAAGGGUUUGGGUACUUCGACUUCCAAGGAGGCAAAGGAGUACUUCCAGAAUAUGGAACGUCACCGAAUCCUGUUCACGUACGAUAACACCCAAGACGACGACGCCAUCACCAUGGCCUUUUCAAAGAAGUGCAUCGAGCAGCGUAAGGAAUGGCUCACGGCCCAUAUGGAGGAGAAUCGUCAUCGCAAGCUGGUUGGCCUUCCCGAGAGAUACCUCUACACCAAGACGACCAAGGCCAUCACCUACAAGGAAUUCAUUAACCUCGAGCUGGUCCUGUUCUCCAACUCCGAUAAUGUACGUUCAAUUCCGUGUAUGCUGGACGGUCUCAAGCCUGGUCAGCGUAAGGUCAUGUUCACCUGCUUCAAGCGUAACGAUAAGCGCGAGGUCAAGGUUGCUCAAUUGGCUGGUUCUGUUGCCGAAAUGUCCGCUUACCAUCAUGGUGAACAAUCGCUUUGCGGUACCAUCGUUAACUUGGCGCAGAAUUAUGUCGGUAGCAACAACAUCAAUCUGCUAGUACCGGGUGGUCAGUUCGGUACCCGUCUGUCCGGUGGCAAGGACAGUGCCAGUCCUCGUUACAUCUUCACAAUGAUGUCCCCGUUGACGCGGAUGAUCUUCAACCCCUUGGAUGAUCCACUGCUGGAAUACCAGUACGAGGACAACCAGAAAAUCGAACCGCUCUGGUAUCUACCGAUUAUCCCGAUGGCGCUGGUCAACGGAUCGGAGGGUAUUGGCACCGGUUGGUCGACCAAGAUUCCGAACCAUAACCCGCGGGAUAUCAUUUCCAAUCUGCGACGUAUGCUGAAUGGUGAGGAGCCGAAGAUCAUGCACCCGUGGUACAAGAAUUUCCGCGGUCAGAUCGAACCCGUCGGUCAUCAGAAGUAUCUGUCUGUCGGAAAUGUGUCAGUGCUGGAAAAUCAAAAGAUCGAAAUUUCCGAACUUCCGAUUGGCACCUGGACUCAGAAUUAUAAGGAGAACAUACUGGAACCGCUGUAUAACGGGUCGGACAAACAGAAACCAAUUAUCGCCGAUUACAAGGAGUACAACACGGAUACGACCGUACGGUUUGUGGUUUCAUUCUUGCCAGGUGAGUUUGAUCGAAUCUACCGGGAGGAAGGUGGCUUCCACAGGGUGUUCAAAUUGACUAGCUCGAUCUGGCUGAGCACCAUGAACGCUUUCGACGAUAAGAAUUACCUGAAACGGUUUGAAACUGCCAACGAUAUAUUCCACGAGUACUACAAGCUGCGUUUGGAAUACUAUGGCAAGCGUAAGGCCUAUCUGGAAGGUAUGAUGCAAGCCGAGGCGGAUCGUUUGACCGAUCAAGCGCGCUUCAUUAUGGAGAAGUGCGAUCGCACGGUUGUGGUUGAAAACAAGAAACGAAAGGUCAUGAUCGACGAACUGAUCAAGCGCGGUUAUCGGCCAGACCCGGUUAAGGAAUGGAAGCGUAAGAUUUCACAGGAUGAAGAAGAAGAACCGGAAGAGGCCCAGGAAGAGGAGGAAGGUGAAGAUGUGAAACCAGGCAAAUCCUCUAAGAAGCUUAUUGAUCCGGAGAAGGCGUUCCAGAACCUGACUGACGUGAAGAAGUUCGACUAUCUGCUCGGAAUGUCGAUGUGGAUGCUGACGGAGGAACGCAAGAACGAACUGCUUAAGCAACGUGAUAUGAAAUUGGCUGAGCUGAAUGUCCUUCAAGCUAAGACAUUGGAAGUGCUCUGGAUAGACGAUUUGGAUGCGCUGAGCAAGAAAAUGGACGAAGUCGAAGAAAAGGAACGCCUGGAUGCUCUUUCCACGGAGAAGAAGUUGAAGAGCGGUGGACCGGCCAAGGGUGGUCGAGGUGGCGUUAAGUCCUUUGCCAAGAGGUCCGCCAUCGAUGAUACGAAACCGAGCGAUAUGGGCGAAGAGGUCAAGUUCCUGGUUACCGAAGAAGUGCUCAAGAAACAUGAAAAGCUGCCAGUGGGUCAACGCGUGAAGAAAGAGAAGCAUGAACCGGGUGAAGGUGGCGAAGAAAUUGAUGAGUUUGAUGCUUUGAUCGAGGGCAAGAAACCCAAGGUGAAGAAGGAACCCAAGGAGCCGAAAGAACCCAAGCCCAAAAAAGAGAAGAAGGAGAAGAAGGAAAAGGACGGUAUGAAGCAGCCCAAACUAAACUUUGGAGCCAAGGGAGCCGGUAAAGGAAGGAAAAAGAAGGGAAACUCAGACGACGAUGACUUCAAUUCAGAUGCCAGCGCCGAGGACUUUGGAGUGAAAGUCAUUGUACCAACUCGUCAGAAGACCGAGAGGAGAGCCGCAUCAAAGAAAAUCAACUAUUCGUUUGUCGACGAAGACGAGGAGGAGGAUAAGAACUUUGACAGAUCGGAUGAUGAGCUGUUUGACAACAAUCCAGAAACACGGGUCAAUGAAAGUCGAACGGCAAAGGUCGUGAUUGAUGACGAAAGCGACAUCGAUGAGGCUGACAACGAUGUGGUCGCGCUGGACGAUAUUAUUACUUCUCCGGAGGUGAUACCGAAGAAGGCAGCCCCGAAGAGGAAACUUGGCCCGGCAGUCGCGAAGGCACCGACCGCCAAGCGUGGUCGCAAGAAGCCUAGUGAAGGAAGCAGCGAAGAGGAAAAGCCCAAGAAGAAGUCCAAGAAGAUCACCCAAGACAGUGAAUCCGAGCCGGAAAGCGAACCCGCCGCCGACGAUGAUGGUGAUUCGGACUUUGAGUAAGCAAACGGAAGCUCCUCGCCAGGAUGCCAGGACAAAAUCCUAUCCCGUUGGGACCUUCUCGUGGAAGGUCUCUCUCUAUUGGUCGUGUGCAGUUCGGUCUGUGUUGGACCGAAUCCAUUUUUUCGUGUAGUAUUUAAGAACACAGAGAACCGUUUUCCAUUCUAACCGUUGCAAAGAAAACUGAAAAAAAAACCAUUAACCAUCAGUCACACACAAAAUAUCGUGGAGAUGAUAUGAUUUCAUCGAAUUUUUAACCAUCUUCUUUCGUUUCAAUUGGACCUGAACAAGAGCAACCAGCUUCUUUUUAAUGACAGUAUGAUAGACGUAGCUUACAUAGAAAGAUCAACUAAAUAACCAGAAACCUGUAGAGUGUAGACUUUUUUUUAUUUUUUGCACCCGUUCGUUUGCGUUAAGAUAUCUUAUUUAGACACUCAUUCUUUGUACAACUUUUGCGUUUUGGAUGGAAGCUUUUCCAAUAGAUGAGUGUUGUGUGGACGGAUCAGCGCGAGUGGAUCGUAAGAAGGAAGAUAUUUUUUUUUGUAUGUACAAGUAUUGGAAUUUGUAUGAAGUAUAUAAGGCAAAAUGGAAACCGGAUGGGAGGAGUUCCAAGCACCCCCCUAAAAGCGAAAACCAAAACGAAAUUAAGUGAAUAUCUUUCUUACGUGUAUGUGAGGUUCUCAUGUAUGUAUUGUACCUUUGGCUGCGUUUAUUCACCAUUACAAUGUAUUUUCAUUACUGACUGUAAUAAGAGCUGUAGAUAUUACCAUGGAA